AUGCGUCUGGGUGAACACCAUGCUGGUAGCGAUAGCUCUUACUAUGCUGGCGGAAGUACAACCAGGCAGCCUAAAGAAGGAGAGGUUCCAGGAGUGGACUACAAUUUUGUGACAAUUGAGCGGUUUGUGGAAUUGGAGAGAAGUGGAGCUUUGCUGGAAAGUGGAACUUAUGAAGAUAAUUAUUACGGCACCCCGAAGCCCCCGGCAGAGCCCAGCCCACUGCUGCUGAAUGUAGCUGAGCAGCUGUUGCCUGGCGCUACACCCAGAUCCCAGGGCAAACGCAGACGUAACAAGUCCGUCAGCAACAUGGAGAAGGCUGGCAUUGAGCCACCCGAGGAGGAAGAGGAGGAGAGGCCCGUCAUCAACGGCAACGGAGUGGCCAUCACCCCAGAGUCCAGUGAACAUGAAGACAAGAGUACGGAUGCCUCAGGAGAGAUGCCCACCACAUGCCCCUCCGAAACCUCCACAGAUGCCCCUAAAGAAGAGACCGAACCACCAAAAUCACCUCUCAAACCAGAUGAGAAUGACGAGUUGGGUCCUCUGCCAGAUAAUUGUGAGAUGGCUUACACUGAGAAAGGAGAAGUGUACUUCAUAGACCACAAUACGAAGACGACGUCCUGGUUGGACCCCCGGCUUGCGAAGAAAGCGAAGCCCCCUGAAGAAUGCAAAGAGAAUGAGCUUCCUUAUGGCUGGGAGAAAAUCGAUGACCCUGUUUAUGGAACCUACUAUGUUGAUCACAUAAACCGAAGGACUCAGUUUGAGAAUCCAGUUCUAGAGGCCAAGAGAAGAUUGCAACAGCAGCAGCAGAUGCAGAGCCAGGGCUUGUCCUCUCUCCCCCUACCUACAGUCUACAGAGAAAAGCCUCUGUUCACACGGGACCCCACGCAGCUGAAGGGCAGCUUUCUGUCUUCAGCCCUGCAGAAAAGCAACAUGGGAUUUGGCUUCACUAUCAUCGGGGGUGACGAACCAGAUGAGUUCCUACAGGUCAAAAGUGUCAUACCGGAUGGACCUGCUGCACAGGAUGGGAAAAUGGCUACAGGAGACGUCAUUGUCUACAUUAAUAACGUCUGCGUCCUGGGCACCACCCACACUGACGUUGUGAAGCUUUUCCAGUCGGUGCCAAUCGGACAAAGCGUAACCCUCGUCCUUUGCAGGGGUUACCCUCUUCCGUACGACCCGGAGGACGCAGCCAGCACUUUGCUGUCCCCCCUCGGCCUAAUUGAUCGCCCUCUGCUGGUCAACGGACGGAAUAGCUAUGACAGCUACAUGGAGUACAUCUCCCGCACUGCUCGCUUUGUCGACCCAAUGCAAGCGAUGUUGGCGCAGCCCCACCCUGGAGACACCCACCUGGAUGCAGGACCGCUGGAGGACUGCGUCUCAAUGGCGUCUUCAGGAGCGGCCGGAGGAGAGCUGUUAACAGUUACCAUGGUGAAAGGGGCGGAUGGAUUUGGAUUCACCAUAGCAGACUGUAAUGGAGGACAGCGGGUGAAGCAGAUUCUGGAGGCGCAGGGAUGCCCGGGGCUGUGCGAGGGCGAUCUGAUUGUGGAAAUUAACCAGCAAUCCGCGCUAAUGCUAUCACACACACAGGUGGUGGAGCUGCUAAAAGAGUGUCCUGUUAGGGCGGAGGCCACGCUGGUUGUGCAGAGAGGAGGGACAGGUCACUUUUCACCUUGGAAGACCUCUAAACAGGUCUUGGAACAUUGGGAUCCUCACAGCAGUCCCACAGCCAGUCUAUCUGUCCAUGCUCUCCCUCACAGCGCUCCAUAUCUGCACUGGCCUUCAGGUCCAGAGUUUGACCUGACCAAACCUGACCCCUAUGACCUCUAUGAGAAGUCCAGGGCUAUCUAUGAGAAUAGGCAGCCAGGGCUUCCUCGAGCAGCUCUCCCAGCUGACCCUUCCGUAUCAGAGUUCCAGGAGGUGGAGGUGCACUUGCGCAGACAGAAGUCCGGUUUCGGCUUCAGGAUCCUGGGCGGAGAGGAACCAGGACAGCCUGUGAGUCUGGAGGCUCAGGAGAAGAUCCUGAUUGGUGCAAUCAUCGAGAAGAGCCCAGCAGAUAAAGACGGGCGUCUCCGGCCAGGAGAUGAGCUGAUGUCAGUCGAUGGGAUCCCUGUGGCUGGAAAACCCCACCGUUACGUCAUUGACCUCAUGCAUGGGGCGGCCCGGACUGGACAGGUUAAACUCACAGUACGAAGGAGAAUUCAGACCACAGCGGUGCCUCAUAAGAUCGGCCGGAUCAUUGAGGGAAGUCCAGCAGACCACUGUGGGAAGCUCAAGGUUGGGGAUCGCAUAUUGGCCGUCAACAAUCAGUCUAUCGUCAACAUGCCGCAUGCCGACAUCGUCAAACUGAUCAAGGACGCGGGACUCAGCGUCACACUCAGGAUCAUCCCUCAGGAGGAGACGAACAGCACGCCUUCUGCAGGCAGCUCAGAGAAGCAGAGCCCUAUGGCCCAGCCCAGUCCAGUUUGCCAACCCAGCACUGUGAACCAGACCGGUGCUGCACCUCCACCUAACUCCACCCCUCAAACCAACUCUGCACCUCAACCCAGCUCCAUAACGCAGCCUACUUCAGAAGCACAACCGAGCCCUGUCACUCAAACCAGCCCAGCCAAUCAGCCCAGCUCAGUGACCCAACAGAACCUGCCCGCCCAGCCCUCCGCAGUGCCAGUACAGAUCUACAGCCAUGACAGCAGCUACAGGUCAGAGGUAAAAGCAAGACAGGAUGUAAAACCCGAUAUUCGACAGCCGUUCACUGAUUACCGCCAACCCCCAGUGGACUACCGACACCCUCCUGUAGCAGAUUACAGACAGCCACCAACGCUCGAUUACAGACACCCCCCACUGCUGGACUACAGGCAGCUGUCCACUGACCCUCGCACCUUCCCCUUACCGGACUACAGGAUGCCACAGGAUUUUGAUUUCUUCACGGUUGAGCUGGAAAAGGGUAUGAAAGGUUUUGGCUUUAGUAUCCGUGGAGGCCGUGAGUAUAAGAUGGAUCUGUUCGUUCUGCGAUUGGCUGAAGACGGACCAGCAAUACGCAAUGGAAGAAUGAGGGUUGGUGAUCAGAUCAUUGAAAUAAAUGGGGAGAGCACGAGGGAUAUGACCCACGCUCGGGCCAUUGAGCUCAUCAAAUCGGGUGGCCGUAGAGUUCGCCUGCUGCUCAAGAGAGGCACAGGGCAGGUCCCUGAAUAUGCAGAUAGUCCCGCCCCCUGGGAUGCUCACACUACAGCCUCCCCAAGUCUGUCGGAAGUAGCACCACCCCUCGACAGUUUAUCUAAUCCAUCAGCUUCUUCUCAUGUGAACCCACCUACCGACCCACCUCAUACAUCGUCCUUGGAAGCAGCAGGUCUAGACUGUUCCCAGGGUCCUAGAGGCCCAGAGAGUAGGGCUCUGGAGCAGGCCAGUGUGGGGAAGAGGUCAGCCCUGGCAGGUGGAGUUGGGGAUGGGACCAAGCAGAGGGAAGGCAGCAGGACCAACCGUCACUCUAUUGGAGGGAAGAGUCAGCAACAAUACCUUGAUGAAUUUGCGGGAGAGCCCAAAUCCCACAAAGGCAGCCAGGCAAAGUCCAAGGAGCGCAGGAGGGAGCGGAGCAAUACACCGUCUCGAAAGCGAGACUCGCCCAAAACUUCUCCAAAUGACACCAACAUGAAUGGGGGAAAUGGAUGCCUGGAUGGUAGCAACAACCAACAAGGAGUUCUGGUGCCAUUCAAAGCCCAACCAAAGGAACCAGAGAAAGGGCAAAUGAGCCAAGAGAGUCGUCCCAGCCACAACUCCAAGACCAGCAGCAGUGCAUCAGGCAGGAAGGCCACAGUAUCCCCAGGGCCCUGGAAGAUCCCUGGUUCAGACAAGCUACCCAGUACCCUGCGCUCUGCCACCUCCACCAUCAGCAGAUAACAUCUUAUCACAAUCUCAGGCCCAAGUUUAGACCUUACUUUUGGCCUUGACUUCUUUUGGCCAAAUUUUGGACCAACCUUUGGCUAUGAUCCGCCUUGUUUUGGGACUGGACGGGCUCUUCUUGAUUGCUUUACACAGGCUUGCUCUACUUGAAAGAGAUCGGUUUUAACCUUGACUAGGUGCCACCCUCCCACAAUACUCACUAAAGAACUUUCCAUGCAUUUCUAGACAGAGCAUUUUUUAUUUAUAUUUUAUUCUAAGUUAUUUUAACAGAUAUGACACCCACCACCUUAAGAACUGGAAGCAUUCACUCCAAAAAUGGAACCACGGUAGAAUGAGUGAUGCAUGUAGCGUGCAAAAAGAUUCUCAGACUUGUUUGAACUGCUGGGGAAAAGCACUCAAGACUCAGAUAUGUACAUGCAUAGAGAACCACUUACUGAGUCUGAACCACCUCUGGUGGCUACAGCAAUUUUUAUACACUUUCAUUAAAAAAAAUGAAGAAUACUGAAGGAGUUGCCUGACAUACAGUUUUUGUGUAUUUGAAGAAUGAAUAUGAUUAAAAAGAUUCUAUAUGAGUGGACACUCGACUAUGAACUCUGCCUUAAAGACUGACCUGCAGAUGUCUGUAAAAGGGUCGGUAAAAUGAAUAUAGAAAUAAAUAUAUUAUAUGACUACAUGUAUGUGAGACAUAUUGUAAAUAUGGUCUUUACACACCAUUGUGAGCCCAUACUGGAGUACUGAUAUCAUACACAGUGUAAGUUAGAUGUGUAAUCUAGAUUUCAUUCCUACUCCACUUUAAGGUUCGUUCCCACUGACAUUGAUAUAAACUUGAGUGGUUGCUCAUGGGUGUUUCUACUCAACUUCAAUACAGAACUGUAACAGGAAACGGAUCACAUGGCCUUCACUCUCUACACUGACAUCGGUAGUUGCUGCAGCCUCAAGUUGUCUCUUAAAAUCUCAAACUCUCUGAUUUAUGACUACCAGUUGCUGCAAAUCGCUGUCAGUGUGAAUACCCAAUUUCUGAAGGGGCCAAUGGGCUUUGACCUUCUCUUGACUCUCAAUCUAUUCUCGCUUUACGUGAGUACAUGAACAAAGCAAUUUGAGUCCAAGAUGGUUUCGAUUAAAUGGUUUGAUUAGGGCAGAGUGCCUUAUGCCAGGGGUGUCCAAUCUUGCUCCUGGAGGGCCACUGUCCUGUAGAGCUUAGCUCCAAUACUAAUUAUAUACACCUGAACCAGCUAAUCAAGGUCUUCAGGAUUACUAGAAACAUCCAGGCAAGUGUGUUGGGGCAGGUUGGAGAUCAACUCUGCAGUACAUUGGCCCUCCAGGAGCAGGAGUGGACACACCUGCCUUAUGCUGACCACUUGAUGCUUUAUUUGAGCUCUAAAUCCUAGGCAAUGACAUCAAGACAAAGAAAAACUUAGGCUGCUAUAAAUUCAUUGGACUACUUGUUCCGUAGAAACUGCAAAAGUAAUGCCAGAUCUGAAUAAGUAUGCCGUUACAUACGUGUCUCUGAAUGCUGAUUGGUGUCUAGAGAGACCAGUUUAUGUCCACAGUAUAGAUAUAUCAAUAUAAAAUUCAAAGCUAUUUUCGUACAUAAAAAUAGAGGUGAGAGUCUUCUAAAAGAAGUGCAGAUAUUUAUUAAUGAUAUCUUUGACAGGAGUUCAAAUGUUUGUUGAGCACUUUGUCUUUAAGUAGACGUGUACAUAUAAAAUGCAGUACUGGAAAGAAUAUAUGCUGUGCAUCCAUGAUAUUCAUUGCAUAAGUUAAUUCUCAAAAUCCUGCUAUGAAUCUAUGUUUAUUAGCAUAUUCCCCAUAUAAAAGGUUGUGUGUUGGUAAGUCUCUAGUUCACAUGGUUCAUGUCAGGGCUUCAACACUCCUCUCCACACAAGCGCCAUGCUUGUUGUGAAAACGUUGUGCUUGUUGCACCCUUCACAAAAGGGUGAUUUUAACAAGCUUGCUAAUAGCAAAUUCUGAAAGUACACGAAAGAGGUAAUGUAUGCUAUUGUCAUGCAAUGUUUUUUUCCUCAGAAUGUCAUUAUCCAUCUUGUGCUGUAUUUUGAUGUAUCUACACAGACACAAUCUAUCAGCCUCUACUAGCUAGUAUGCUAAGAUGUUAGCUUGCUAAUCGAAGGCUAACUGAAAACACAAAGAACCUAUUAAAAGGUCUCAGCUUAUGGAAUUUCUUGGACAUUUAUUUGGUUAUGCUUUGAAAAGGCCAAAGUAAAUGAGGUCAAAGUUGAAAUUGUUUGAACUUUACGUGUCAUGUUAAACAUCUGUGUGCCACACCCCUUAAAAAAAUUCACCAAAAAAACAUGGUUA